GUGCAUUGCGCGUACUCGCAAACAUGGCGGGUACAGUGAAUGGGAGAGGAUGUUGACAGUAAAAAAUAUAUAAUUUCUACGAGUUGCGGCACGAAUAUGACAUUUUACUCCCCUGAAUAUAAACACAGACUGAACGGUUCGUGGCAUAAUUUUUGUGAUGACGUUCCCCCAGCCCAGACCUCAGGCUCCUCAGCUUCCCCAACAUCUUCUCACCACCAUAGACUGUCAACAAGGAGCUGUCAGGGCUGUCCGGUUCAAUGCUGAUGGGAACUACGCGCUGUCCUGUGGCAGUGACAAAUCUCUAAAGCUGUGGAGUGUGAGCCGGGGGACUCUGCUGAAGACAUACAGUGGCCACGGAUACGAGGUCCUGGAUGCUGAUGGCUCUUACGACAACAGCCAGCUUUGCUCCUGCAGCUCUGAUAAGACGGUGAUCCUGUGGGACGUCGCCACAGGCCAAGUCACACGGAAACUCAGGGGUCAUGCUGGGAAAGUCAACUGUGUCCAGUUCAAUGAGGAGGCAACGGUCAUCUUGUCUGGGUCCAUAGAUGGAACAGUUCGGUGCUGGGACACAAGGUCCAGAAGAUUUGAGCCCAUUCAGAUCUUAGACGAGGCUCGGGAUGGCAUCAGCAGCUUGAAAGUUGUACAACAUGAGCUUCUUACAGGAUCAGUGGAUGGCAGAGUGAGGCGCUACGACCUGAGAAUGGGACAGCUGCAUGUUGACUUCAUCAGCAGUCCCAUCACAUGUGUGUGUUUCAGUCAGGACGGUCAGUGCACUCUGAGCUCCAGCCUGGAUUCAACAGUCAGACUACUGGACAAGAGCACAGGGGAAAUGCUCGGAGAGUAUAAAGGACAUAAAAUGAAGGGCUACAAGCUGGACUGCUGCCUGUCCAGUAAAGAUACUCAUGUCCUGAGCUGCUCAGAAGACGGACAUGUCUACUGCUGGGACCUGGUGGAAGGAUCUCUGUCCUUGAAACUGCCGGUGGGGAAAGCUGUCGUCCAGUCGUUGUCCUUCCACCCAACAGAGACCUGCCUCCUCACAGCCAUGGAGGGACGUGUUCAGUUGUGGGGGUUGGAGCCGGAGGAGACGGUGAAGACAGAGGAGGACACGAUGGCUUCUUAAAGAUGGUGAAAGUAGUCAGAAGCUAUAUUGGCAUGCUAGGAGGUUUAAUGUGUUUGUUAUUCAGAUUACAGUCAAUGUACAAACGGAAACUGAAUCAGAGAGUAUAAAAGGCUCAACAUAAAUACGAUCCUGACUGGAGUCUGUGUGAGGAUGUGAAUGGUUACAUGGGAAAGUUUCUGUUUGGUUAGAAGUAAACUGCAUUGACGCAAAGCAGCCAUUCAGGUCUUUAUAGCGGUUAGCUUAGCAAAGAUUUAUCAGAGUAGAAAGGAGAGCGAAUGCUUAACAUAAGGACUGACAUAAAUAUUAAGAGACAAAAACUUUGAUCGACAGAUGUUCACAAUCUGCAGGUGAAUGUUAUUUUAGUCCAUAACUGAAACAAAUAGUUAUCCAUAUGAUUUUUUUUACAAGAAAACAUGAAUACAAUUCCUGUCAUUAGUAAGUUAUGUGGGGCCAGUGGUCCCUCAGAGGGUUCCUGAGAGCAUUUUUUCCCACUUUAAUUCCUUUCAUAAGUAACCCAAUAAAAAAUGUGUAAAUAUUUUAGGCAGGGGUUUCAUACAAUACUGUGCUAACAUGCCUGGGAUUAAAGGGAGUCUGUGGUCUCCUUGUUGGCGCUUUCAGGGUCCUUGGUGUUAAACAUUUUUUGAGGUCAACUGCUUUGGAAUAAAAACACUCUUCACAACA